AUGAGCGCCGACAUCCGUUCACCGGACGUCGUCACAGCGCCAUGUUUCCCGACAAAUCCAGAAAUACACAAACUUGGGCAAGGUAAACAGCAUGUGUUGGCGCACGAAAUCGGGCAAGGGUCGUUGUGCAGAAAAUGUGACUGCACUGGGCUUGAUCUCCAUUUUUGGCGGAAACUUUGUAAAAAUUGUGGCUGUCGAAUGGACGAGCAUGACGUACAGCUGCCAAAUCAAUACGACCACGGACAAAUCGUUAUCGGGCGAUUGUUUCAUGUGAAGGACCGUUUCGAAGCAAAACUUUCCGAGAUUCCGAAACUGCGACCGAUCAGCGAACAUGCAUCACUGUCUAGUUCGUCGUCAUCGCUGGAAAAUACUCCGUCACAUGGAUCAGGUCGAGGAAUCAGCGCUGAGGAUCGAACACUUCCAACAGCCGCGUACAAUUUCAAAGUGGAAAGCGGCAAAGAGAACAAGAUGACGACCACCGAGUACAGCUGGGUACCCGUGCCGGACAAAUCCCUAGUUGAGCGAUACAUGAAAGCCCUUCCCGAAGAAGAACGCCCGAUUGUCGGAUCGAUCGGCGAGCAGAACCGUAAAUCUCGUCUGCAGUUCCAGGUUAUCGGUGUGGGCCAGGUCCAAGAAGUCACAGCGAAGAAGAGCGCUGGCGUUGACACGAACGAUCUUGAAGAGCUCGCCAAAGAAAUUGCUGGUAUCAAUGUGGGACCAGUGAAGUGUAAGUCGUGCACGGAUACGAUACCCGUCGGCGAUGUCGGCAUCAAGACAGACCAUGGGCCAAAGAACGAUAUGUGGCAUCCAAGCUGCUUCCGAUGUGCUCAAUGCGACCAAUUGCUCGUCGAUAUGCUCUACUUCCAUUACCAAGGCAAAUAUUACUGUGGGAGACACUUUGCUGAUCUUCAAUAUCCACGAUGUGCUGGUUGUGAUGAGCUGAUCUUUGCUCGUGAGUACACAUUUGCUGAGGAGAAGUCGUGGCAUUUUGAUCACUUCGCUUGCUUGAAGUGCGACUUUCGUCUUGGUGGUCACCGUUACAUGAUGAAGAACGAUCAUCCACACUGUAUCGACUGCUACAUGAAGCAUUUUGCACGGAACUGCGAUACGUGUAGCGAAAAAAUUGGGCCUGACGAGAAACGCUUGAAUUAUCAGGACUAUCACUGGCAUGCCAAGCCAGAAUGCUUCCAUUGCCGUCAAUGCAAAAUGGAUUUGAUUGGGAAGAAAUUCAUCUUCAAAGAUCACCACCUAUUCUGCUCAUCACAGUGCAAGGCCGAUUUCAUGAAGAAAUUGUAG